AUGACGUCUGCGCAGAGAUGUUCUGUGAUUCCUGACCCGAACCGUCCUUCUGGUGUUGAAGAAAACAACUACUUGUUCGAAAAAAGUCAAGCAAGUUCUGACGAUAACGCGAUCAUACUUGCUAUAAGACACUGGUGGAGUCAGAUAAGGGUGACUGGCGGCAUAGGACAAGGUGUCACCUACACACAGUACAAUGUUGGCAAACCAACUGUAUGGUUCAUCAGGAUGGCAUGGGCAACUACUGCGAGUUUCGGCUGUGCCGUGGCUACAUGCGACUCCUACUGGUCUGUUGUGUGUCACUACCCUGGAAACAUGCAGCUUAACGAGCAUCUCUACAUGAAGGGCACCCCCUGUGCCGACUGCCCUGUCGGCACGUUCUGUAAUCCAGCAAAGUUGUGUCAGAAUCGUUCUACAAUUGUCUAA